GCUAUUUUCUCUUCGGUGCCAGCCUACAAUAUUUGCCACCUCUCUCUCUCUCUCCCUCUCUCACACACACACACACUAUCACUUUCCACUCCUUACUCUCUCUCUCUCUCUGUCUGGAUAUCCGUCUACUAAUUUUCUUCACAUCGCUUUCCUUUUUUUCCUCCACUUUCUCUCUCUAGGGUUUCAGAUUCUCCUCGCGUUUUCUUUUUUUUUUCUUUUUUCAAUUUGAGAGAUAGAGAGAGAGAGUGAAAACCGCUUCGCAACGCGGUCGAUUCCUAGUAGGCGCCUCCAGUUCAGAUUCAGAUCCUCCACGUGUUCCAACCUGGACCCGAUCUGAUCCAUCCUUUUUUUUUUUAAAUCUAAAAUUCUCGAGAGAGAUCCCGUUUUUGUUCCUUUCGUUUAAAUUUGAUCGAAAAUGGUGCGGUUUUUGAUCAUUUUAUCAGCUCAGGAAAUGAAUCAAAUACUCUGAAAAAGCAAAUCAUUGUUGGUGGCUUUUGAAGAUCUGGCUCUAAGAAGCCAUAAGUAGACAUAGAUGGUAUGCAACAGUUGCUUAAAGAGUGUAAUUGUUCAAACUGGGCAGAUAGGAACAAUAUUAACCCGGAAAAGGGUGCAUUUACAAAGUACUGUAAGGACUUUAUAUGCCGGUGGUGCUGGAUUAACUUUUUUGUGGAAUCGUGAAUUUCGAACAAGUGCUAAGAUGAUGGUGGAUUCGGGCGCAGCAGCAAGCCAGGGUCCCAUAGUCCAUAAAUUCCCAGAGAAAGAUGAUGCUGGAUAUGUUAGUGGAGGGUGGAAAAGUGAGGAUGGAAGAUUAAGCUGCGGUUAUUCAAGUUUCAGGGGAAAGAGAGCAACCAUGGAAGAUUGCUAUGAUAUUAAAACUUCCAAGAUUAAUGGGCAGACAGUCUGCUUGUUUGGAAUCUUUGAUGGGCAUGGUGGUUCUCGUGCUGCUGAGUAUUUGAAGCAGCACCUUUUUGAGAAACUAAUGAAGCAUCCGCAGUUCAUGACCGACACCAAACUUGCCAUAAGUGAAACAUAUCAGCAAACUGAUUCAGAUUUCUUGGAUUCUGAAAGAGAUACUUACCGGGAUGAUGGUUCCACUGCUUCAACUGCAGUGUUGGUUGGUAACCAUCUAUAUGUUGCCAAUGUUGGAGACUCAAGGACUAUAAUAUCCAAGGCUGGAAAAGCAAUUCCACUAUCUGAAGACCAUAAACCAAAUAGAAGCGAUGAACGGAAGAGAAUCGAAAGUGCUGGAGGGGUUGUUAUGUGGGCAGGAACUUGGAGGGUAGGAGGUGUGUUAGCUAUGUCUCGAGCUUUCGGUAAUCGCAUGUUGAAACAAUUUGUUGUUGCAGAACCAGAGAUUCAGGACAGAGAGAUAAAUGAAGAGUUUGAGUUUCUUGUGCUUGCUAGUGAUGGAUUAUGGGAUGUAGUGCCUAAUGAGGAUGCUGUUUCCCUUGCUCGAGUAGAAGAAGAACCGGAGACAGCUGCUAGAAAGUUGACAGAAACUGCGUUUACUCGGGGGAGUGCCGACAAUAUAACAUGCAUUGUGGUAAGAUUCCACCAUGACAAGGCAGAUCCACUUAAUUCCGAUUCCCAAGCGUGAUUUAAAAUUGCAUUUUCCUGUUUAGAUUUAUAUACAAUUUCAGUUUUUGAGUUUGAAAUCUGCAUUUUGCCUUGUGGCCAAUGUGCAUAUAUCAAGGUGACAAUUUGCUUAUUCAUUGUUUUCUUUUCUUUUUCUUUUUUCAUUCCCUAAUGUUCGAAAUUGAAAUACAUGGACCAAAUGCUCUGUUUGUCCAAA